UCGGCCUCUUCUGCAUUUUAAGUAUUUAUAAUAUAGACCUUAUUUGUUUGCUCAAAUUUAUAUCAAUAUGAGUCAUAAAUCAUCGGACAAUAGUUUAUAUUCCGAGAGGAUCAAUAAAGCUUCCAAUAAAAUUGACACGGACCCUUACGAUAUUGAAUCAUGGAAUAUUUUACUGAAAGAUGCCAAGACCAAAUCCAUAGAAACAGCGCGUGAAACAUUUGAACGCGUGAUAACACAAUUUCCCAAUCAAGGCAAGUUUUGGAAGAUAUAUAUCGAAAAAGAGUUAAAAGCCAAGAACUAUGAAAAUGUCGAAAAAUUAUUUCAGCGAUCUUUGGUCAAAAUUUUGAACAUAGACCUGUGGAUAUGCUAUUUGAAUUACGUGAAACAAGCCAAAGCUAAUCAGCCCGGAUUCAAAGAGAAACUAGCCCAAGCUUACGAAUUCGCGCUUGAAAAAAUUGGAUUGGAUUACAGAUCCUAUCCUAUAUGGAGUGGGCAGAUCGAUUUUCUAAAGACCAUAGACGCAGUCGGAUCUUACGCCGAAAAUCAACGAAUCGCUGCCAUUCGCAAAAUAUAUCACAAGGUUUGCGUCACCCCGUUAUUCAAUAUGGAGCAAUUCUGGAGGGAUUAUAUAUCUUUUGAACAAGCCAUCAAUCCGUUGAUAGCGAAAAGAUUAUCGGAUGAACUGAGCAAAGAAUACAUGAACGCUAGAAGGGCUCUUAAAGAAAUAGAAGCUAUAACCAGAGGCCUUAAUAAAUACGCGCCUCCUGUACCUUUCCUAGGCGCAGCUCAAAUUAAACAGAUCGAAAUAUGGAAAAAAUAUUUACAAUGGGAGAAAUCCAAUCCCAUGAACUACGAUGAUAAGAACAUGGUCACCAAAAGAGUGGUAUACGCCUACGAACAAGCGUUACUAUCUAUGAGUUACGUAAGCGAAUUGUGGAUAGAUGCUGGUACUUACCUUCAAAAAGCUAGCAAACAAUUAUCUGAUUACGGGGAUGAAAAGGGGGCCAAAGCUUUGCUGGACAAAGUCGGAGAAUUAUAUGAAAGGGCAAAUACAACUUUUUUUAAAACUCAUCUUCUCAUGCAUUUCAUCCAAUCAGAUUUCGAAGAAAUGCGCAAAAAUCAAUCUAAGGCGGGAGCCGUUUACGUUCAAUUUUUGGAUCUUAAACACAAAAGCAUAAGUUCUAACGAUAUCACAUUGGCAUACAUUCAGUAUAUGAGGUACAGUAAGCGCACUGACGGAAUCAAAGCGGCCAGAAUUAUCUUUAAGAAGGCGAGAGAAGACGCUAGGUGUAAUUACCAUAUAUUUAUUUGCGCAGCUCUAAUGGAAUACUAUUCUAGCAAGGAUAAAAAUAUAGCCUUGAAAAUAUUUGAAUUGGGACUUAAAAAAUUUUCCACGGAAAUCAAAUACUUGAAAGAAUAUAUCAAAUUUUCGCUUAAUCUCAAUGAGGAUAAUAACACGCGCGUUUUGUUCGAAAGGCUGCUGAGUCUAACCUUCGAUCAAUUAUCUCCCGAAGCCACUUCAGAAUUAUGGAAUAUGUUUCUGCACUUUGAAAUAGAGGUCGGGGAUUUGAACAAUGUACUCAAGAUUCAACAGAGGCGAUUAGCUGCUUCACAUAAGAUAAAAGAUGGCGACUCAGAUAUAUCUCAAUUGUUAGAUAGGUACGGUUAUGGUGAUUUGAUGCCUCACACUUCUCUCUUAACUUGCCCUCCAUCUAUCUCUCCUCAUUCCAGCCAACUAAUAACUUCAACCACAACUCAUAAUCCAACCAAUGAUUUAAUUCCUGAUGUAGAGCAAAUGUUACCCUUUAAGCCUGCUAAAUCUACAUUUUACGGAAACGAAUCACUUAAUAUUCCAGGAGGCUUGUACGCUUACCCACCAGCUGUCAAUACUCUACUCGAGAAAUUGCCUCCUCCCAUGUCUUUCAGCGGACCAUUCGUUAUUUUAGACCAAUUUUUAACCACGCUUGCGAAUUCAUCUCUAGAAACUGCCAAAAUAACCAAACAAUCCGAACAAGGAAACAUAACUGGAAAUCUAACAAAACAAAUACAAAUAUCAUCCCCAAAAUCUUUCGCAUCUCCUAAAGUAGUUACUACUCCGAACCCUUAUAAUGCACCAGAUGACAAUGAUCAUAACGCGCUGUAUUCGCUAGAUGAUAAUUCAGAAAAUUAUGCUAAUACACCGCCUAUAAAUGACAUAUACCGAUUGAGGCAGCAGAAAAAAAUUAAAUAAUCCAUAUUCAUAUCAUGUGUAUAUCUUGCCAUUGUUAUUCCUAUUUACCCUUAUUUAAAGAUCUUAACGUUACCAACUUUUCUGGAGGAAUUUUUUCUUCUCCAUAUAUCUUUUAUUUCAAUCAACAUUGCACAAUAAGAUAUAUUGAUAAAAUUAUAAAAAAUGGUAAAUUUUUAUAAUAUAUCAAUAUAUUUUAUUUGCAGUUUAAUAUAUUUUUUUUAAACAUGUAAAUACCCCCCCCCCCCUAUUGUAAAUAAAUAUUUCCUGUUUUUACACAUUAUUUUGUAAAAACAUUAUAUUUUACUUUUUAAAUGAAAUAUAUUUUUAUAUUGGAAAAUGUGAUAUUAUAUUCCAGACAUGUGUUUGAAAAUUUGAAUGUACGCUAUAUUAGAUAAUGAACAAAAAAAUUAUCCAAA